CAUCUCAUAUGCAUCCUCACUCAAGCGGCAUCAUCCACUUCUUGUUUGUGGAUCACAGCUCAUUCAAGCGGCAUGAUUUACUUCUCUCUUGAUGAUCAUAUCUCAUUCAACCGGCAUCAAUCUCAUUCAACCGGCAUCAAUCUCAUUUAACCGGCAUCAAUCUCUUGUUACUCGAGAUCCACCAAUCGUACAAUCAGUAUCACACACUUCUCUUCUCAAGUCGUCACACAACAUUGAUCGCGGCAGUCAACACAAACACGACCCGCAUCACUUCAUGGAAAGAGCUCACAAGUAUGAACGCCUGAAUGGGGUCCAAGUCAGCCAAGACCUUCCUCUUUCGAUCGGAUAAAACCUUUCAAAAUUCAUGAAAAGUAAUCUCGUACGUCACUCAAGAUCGCUCUCACGCUUUCACCUCACCGUCUUUGGCUUUACA